UGAUAUUUUUCUGUCUAUCUUAUUAAUUUUAGAUAAUUACUAGUUAGGAGUAAGUAGAUUUGCUAAUUUCACUCUUGUGUGCCACAGAGAUGGAACAAGUAAAGCCAAUUGCAACACUGGAGAUGAUGGUUGGUCUUGAAGGUGGACGCUAUAGCUCAGGAAGUUUGUCUGUUUUGGUUCCUGAAGGUGCUGUGACAAAACCAGUGAACAUAAAAAUGCAUCUGUUUGUUGAUGAAAGACUAAUACCACCCUCUGCCAAAGCCAAUGAUGGAUACAUUUUGAGCCCACUUUAUGCCUUUGAACCUCAUGAAUUAACAUUCCUCAAACAUUUACAGGUAUACCUUCCUCCACCAGUUGAUUCAAAAGGAUGGCAUUUGUCACUCAUGAGAGCUAUGUGCGAUACUUCUACUUCGCCUCAAUCAUGGCAGCCAAAAUCCAUAGUGACAUUUAAUUCUGAUUUAGAACAAGUGAAUGUCGAAGAUGUAGAUAGUCAGUAUGACAUUGCCAGUGGUACUUUGAGCAUAAAACACUUGUGUUGGCACUAUUGGUUUGGAAAGCCUACUGACAUGUUUCUGGCUUCAAAAACUAUGCUUUUUUCUGUGUGUGGGUAUCAACCAACACCUACAGUGAAUACUUGGAAUCUCACUAUUCACUGCCAUGAUCAGUGUCAGGAGGUUAUUGAGCGGAUGAGGGAGAAUGAAACAACAAAAGUAUUACCAAGGCGUUCCUUUUUUUGUGUGGAUCAAGACAUGAAAAUGAAGUUUGAAGGCAAUAUUGAGUUUAGUGUUACACGUGGCGCUUGGAGGGGUACUUCACAGCUACCGCCUGUACCCGCUGCUGGAUUUUGGCACAAAUGGAUAUGUUUGGACAAGAAAUUUGCCGUAACUGUGGAGCUCACAGAUACAGAUACCUCUUUUCCGAACACUUGUAUCAUAGAUGUUACGCAGGGUGAUGAAAAAGUUGCUCUAGUAAUGACUCCUUGUGACGGCAGGGGAUCAGAGACAGACAGUGCAAAGCCGAGUCCACUCUUGCCCACAACUUGUAAAGGUGAUGAGAAUGUUACUGCAAAGGAGCUACAUCAUCUUGCUGAAGAGCUAGCCACUUCUGUGGCAGUUGUGAAUGAUGAUGAAAUCGUAGAAGUUGCCUCAAGAAUUGAAUCAGUCUGGAAUAAAGUAGCAGCAUUUCUUGAUGCAAAAUUGUUUUCUCAGGCUGCAGUAGAUGUUAUUGUGGAGAAAUCUUCAUCACCAUUCUCAAGAGCCAGAACUAUGCUUGAACAGUGGAAAAAUAGUGCUGCUGCAAAUGCUACACAACAAUGCUUGAAAAAUGCAAUGGUUAGAGCAGGAUUGAGACUGCAAGCAGUUGAAGUGUUUGGUGAAAUGUCUACUCAUUAGACCUAUAGACCAUACAUCAUGUUUGGCGGUCAUGUACAACUUUCUUUUUCAUAAUAUUUCUAGCUUCUGUUGCAGUGAUAUCAAUGUGCCAUGCAGCAUGCCAGUUUGUAAUGAUUUUUAUGUUUAUGGA